AUGAAACGAGACAAUCAAAGCGUGGUGACGGAAUUCAUCUUGAUUGGAUUUUCCAGUUUCCUAGACGUGCAGGUCCCACUCUUUGUGGUGUUCUCCAUCAUGUACUUGGCCAUUUUUGCUGGAAAUAUCACCAUCAUUGUUUUGAUAAGGCAUGACUCCACCCUCCACACCCCCAUGUACUUCUUCCUCGCCAUGCUCUCCAGCUCAGAAACCUGCUACACUCUCACCAUCAUCCCCAAUAUGCUUGUCAAUCUUCUAAGAGAAAAGGCAACUAUUUCGUUCAUUGGUUGUGCUGUUCAGAUGUAUGUAUUCCUGGCCUUUGCAAACAUAAACUGUCUGCUUCUCACAGUGAUGGGAUAUGACCGAUAUGUGUCCAUAUGUAAACCUUUACAUUAUCUGGUUCUGAUGAAUCAAAGACUAUGUACUAAACUGGUUACCUUUUCAGUAUUAGGUGGUUUUUUAAUUUCCAUCAUCUAUUCAUUUUGCGUGUUUACCUUGCCGUACUGUGGGCCACAUAAAAUCCAUCAUUUCUUUUGUGAUAUAGCACCUUUGCUUGAGCUGGCCUGUGCCCGAAAUUACACGGGGGAAAUACUCAUUUUUUUGUUCUGUUUUUUAGUGGGAGUUUUCUCAUUCCUUCUGAUCAUUCUCUCGUAUGUUUUGAUCUUAAAUACGAUACUGAAAAUCCCCACAGCAGAGGGGAAGCGCAAGGCUUUUUCGACUUGCGCCUCCCAUCUCAUUGUGGUUGUUGUGCACUUUGGAUGUGCAUCAGUUAUUUACCUACGACCCCAAUCCAGGUACGCUUUGAAGGAGGACAUGUUUAUCUCUGUCACAUACACACUGGUGACUCCACUGCUGAAUCCUGUCGUUUACAGCCUGAGGAACAAGGAUGUCCAAAUAGCUCUCAGGAAAUCCCUGGGCAGAAGCACAUGCAGCCGGAAGAUGUGA